AUGAACUCAAGAGAAGUCUUUGAAUCUGAGGAGAAUAAAUUACUUGAGGAGAGUAAUAAUAUUCCUACGACAACCUCUACUUCCUCUAUUAUUAGUGAUAGUAUUAUUGAUGAUGAUGCUGUAGCUUUACUGGAAGGAGAUUAUGACAAUGAUAGCAGUAAAGAUAUAAAAAAUAGUGGAACAAAUACAUACUCAAAUAGUUUUUAUAAUUAUGAUGAAGAAUUUGAAUUAGAUUAUUCUGAGGAUGAAUUAUUAAGAGAUGAUGAGCCUACUGUGGCUACUAAAACUGAUACUGAAAAGAAAGAUACUGACUCAAUAAAAGAAAAGGAAAAAAAUGACAGUGUGGGUGAUAAAAAUAAUAUAUCAGUUGAUAAAAGUAAUAAUGAUAAUAAAACAACAUUAAAAGAUGAUGAAGAUAAGGUUUCUAAGUCUAAAAAAAAUAAAACAACAAAUGGUAAAAGAAAUCCUAUAGUUUAUGGAAGUGGUGUAAAUAAAAAAUCAAAUAAGCAACAUAACAAUAAAAAAAGAAAUUUUGAAAAAGGUCCUAGAUAUGAUAAAUCAAAAGUUAUUCUUAGAACAUCUUUUGUUGGUCCAAGUAAUGGACAACAAAUGUCACAAGGAAUGAUGGCUAAUAAUCAAGGUUAUCAAAAUCCUGGAAGAUUUAAUGGUCCUCAAUUAAUAAAUAGUAAUGCUUUUAAUGGAUUUUCUAAUAUUAAUCCUUUUGGGCCAACGACUGGUCAACAACCACCAAUAAUGGGUAUAAAUCAACGUAGUGGAUUACCACCAACAGGUAUAAUAGGAAAUAAUCCAUUUGGACCAAAUCCAGGGAUAGGAUUUCCUAAUAAAAGUAUGAUAAAUAGUAUGAAUUACGGUCAGCCUAGAAGCAUGAUACAAACAAUGACAGCAACAACUCCUAUAACCGGUAUAAAUAUGAUGGGAUAUCAAUAUUCAGGUCAAAUGCUUCCUCAAAAUGCCUAUACAGGUGGUGUUAUUAUGAAUCCUACUAUGCAAAUUGAUUGGUCAAAAUUGGCUGAUGAAUUUAGUGGUGUUACCGAGAGUGGAAGUAGAAGUGGUAGAAGAUCAAGAUACUCUAGUUCUUCUUCAUAUUCUUCUAGUGAUGGGAGUCGAAGAAGUAGAUCAUCUAGGGAUAGUAGUAGUGAUAACUCUAGAAGGCAUCGAAAAAGAAAGUCAUCUAGAAAAAGUAGGAAAAAUAGGAAAAGAGAUUCUAGGAGGAGAUCUAGAUCUAGAAGUUACUCUUCUGAUAGAAAAAGAAAAGAUGAUCAUAAAAAAAAGGAUAGGAGUCGAAGUGAGGAGAAAAAAAAGAAAGAUAAAAGUAGUAAAAAGCCAAAUCCUACAUUAGAAUGUGCUAAAAUAGUUGGGGUAGAUAAAGAUUAUUUACGUAAAGUUGAACAGCAAAAUAAACUUCGUGAAGAAGUUUUAAGAAAAAAACGUAAUAAUGAAAAGAUUGAUCCAAAAGAAUUAAAAAUAGAGGAACUAAGCCCAGAAAACAUUCUAAAAGCAUAUCUAGUCGUUUCAAUAAAACCAUCUUCUAAAACAUGGUCAUUUGGUAAUCCAAGGGAAAAAUUAACAGUUAUAGCUAAAAGUGUUGGUAGAAUUAAAAAAGUCUGGAAUAAAGGGGAUAGAACAAUUUGCGUGAUAUUUGAAUCUCAUGAUGAUGCAACGAAAUUUUCACGCACUUACGAUGGGAAGACAGUCAAUGGGACAACAUUAGAUGUUAGAUUGGACAAAUGUCGUCUGAUUUUAUCAAAGAUUUCCUAG